AUGCAAAUUGUAGUAUGGGUCAAUCAAAUUUUAGCAUAUUGCUUCACGAAAUCAAAUCAAAACGAAGAAUUUUUUACAAAUGCAAUCAAUAUGUACAUUGAUAUUAUCGGACGCCUUGACAAAACUGAAAAGGAAUCAGAUUUCUUUAUGAAAAUAUUUUUAAUUCAAUUAUCAACUGCUUUUGAUCAUGCAAAGCUACUUGUAGGCAAUAUAGAGCGAUUAAUAUGCGUUAUUAGUAGUUACAUACCUUAUGAUGAUAAUUUGAAAGACAAAGAACUUGCUACUGUUUAUAUUCAAUUUUGUAUUGGCGGAGCAAGGAAAUUUAAGGAACAAAACGAGACAGAUGCUGUUAAACUAUUACUUCAAACAGCAUUUAACCUCUUAUCUUUGAGAAAUCUAUGGAAAGAAGAAGAAAUCCGUCCAUAUAAACAAAAAAUACAAGAAUUCAAAGAAAUCAAAUGUUACUUAUUACAAUUCUUCGAUAAUUGCUACAAGAAUUACUUAGAAUCAAAAUCUGGAUUAACUCCAGAAUUAAUGUUCUUCAAAUCACUGAUUGAUGACUGUGAAGAUGAUUCAAUAAAACGAAAAGCGUUUUCUUAUGUAGUUAGAAACGAAAAAACUUAUCAUGGGCUGACAAAUAACGUUUCUGUGGACAAAUGGCAGACAAACUUCAUUAAGGAGCUUUUCUACCAAUUGUACCCACUAGAUAUCUUCCAAAAACAAGGCCAAGUUUUGAAUAAUGAUAUUUUCGAUUUAUUAUAUUACGGAGAAGCAGAAAAAACGAACGAUUUAGAGGAGCAUGCAAAGAAUAUUAUCCGAAACGCUAUCAAAAACGAGCCAAUUGUGGUCUUAAAAUCAUUAAAUGUUAUUGGAAGCUUUUUACUGUCUCAUAUUGACUUUACUAUAAGUAUAAGUCAUGAAUUCGUUCAGUUAGGUUCAAUACCCAAUCUUGAACAACUAGAUAUUCAAUGGUUAUUAGUUAUUUACAAUAUGCUCAUUCAAUUAGACUCUUUGACAGAAGAAGACUAUGCAUUAGUUACGAAAUACAUUGAUUCAUUUAAUAUAUCAAACAACAAUAUCGAUACGUCAAUCGCAAGAUGCUUUGUCAGCUUAUUCGAUCCGAAAGGUUUAUCGCACUUUACAACUAUUGAAUUUUUGAUGAAAAAUUGUAGUCCUGCAGACAAACCAUUAGCUGAAUUUUAUUUAGCAUUGAUAACACAUUUAAUGUCUGAAGACAAGUAUAAGCAUAAUUUUACUUUAGACAAAUCUCUGUGGAAUUUGUUUGUUGAUCCACAAAAACAGACUUUGAACGUAAUUAUUAUCGCUGCUUUACUUUACAUAGCAACAUCGACGAACUACUUCGCAGAGAAUAGCGAAGAUGCAUGCGAAUUGCUGAAAAUCAUUGAAACUAAUAUCGAAAUUAGUAAAUCUUCUGGACAAAACGAUGUAAAGAGACUGGAAAUCAUUGAUUUCCUUAAUAUUCUUAGAACAGCUAUCCUCUGUGGCAAUGAUUACACUCCUGACUUCGAAACACCACCAAAUGAGGAAGUUGAACACUACGCAACGUCUAAAUACAUUGUCUCUAUAGUAGGCCGCAAUAAGCUUGUCAUAAGGCAUCCACUUGGAGCAACAACUUUUAUGAUUUACGAUCAAGGAGAAUCCGAAAUUGAAUCACCACAAACUAUGGAACUUCCCUCUGACACUGAGGAAGUAAAAAGUGACGAAAUUUCGACAAAAAGUGACGACCUUGACAUGAAUGAUCCUUUUACACAAAAAAUACUUAAUUUGAAUUCCAUGUUCCAGGACAAUUCCGAAUUUAUACCUUACAAGCCUCCUCCAGAUCCAAUUAACGCAUCAGAUGUUUACAGUUUCUUGGUAGACAUUGGAUUCUUGAACUAUGGAUCAUCUGAAUUCGUAAAGAGACUAAAUGCAGAUGAUCCUUCGCUCAAAGAUCUGUUUCAGAGCAAAUUCCAAUGCGAAAUUAACUGUGGAGUGCUUCAAGUCAACCAAGAUGAUAACAAAUCAGAUGUUGGAUACCAUUGCCGUUCUAACAAGAUGAUUUUGGAGCUGUUAAAGGAUUUAUCUAAUAAUGAUAAUUUAGAAAAUCCAAAGUUUACAACUCCUUUGGUCGAAAUCGAUUAUCUUGCUCCAUUUGGUGCAGUUUCCCCUAAAAAGAAUGUCGGAGAUAGCUGUACAGUCAUAUUAUUGAAUGAAGAUGACAGCGUAAUCGUUAAUUCAUAUGCAGAAAAGUUUAUGUUCCUGAUCAUGGUGAAGCCAAGAGGAGAUUUUUACGAAUUAGAACUAGUUAAUAAGAAAUAUGAUUAUUUCACUCCAUUUAUACCAACUAAGAAGGAGAAAUACCUUCCAUGGUUCAUUAAGAAGUCAUGCUUAGGUAAAUUUGUUGCUUUGCUAACAAUUAUUCAACAAUUUAAGAAUGAAGCGAAGAAACCUGCUUUUAUGUCUCUUAUGAUGGAUAGAUCUGAUAGGAUUUACUCUAUGUUUAAUAAGCUUAAUAGUUCUUAUGGUUUAUCCAUAUUUGCUAAAUUGCGGUCAAGUGAAUAA